AUGACACUUACUGAGACUAACAACCUUGACAAGAGCCCCGAAGGAAAGGAUGCUAGAAUCAAGCAGUAUAAGAACUUGGCUAAGCAUGAGGAUAUGAGACGCAGAAGAAAUGAAUGCAGCGUUGAAAUCAGAAAGAUGAAAGGAGAUCAGCUUCUCAUGAAGAGAAGAAACUUGAAAGAGGAUGACGAUGAGUCUGAAGUUUCUGAUGCCGAAAAGCCAACUGCUGUUGCUACCAAGCCUGCUGUCCUCACCAACGAAGAGGUUCUUAAUAUCCUUACUAACAACCCUAACUUGGAGCAAAUGAGAAACUGUUUCGAAUCUCUCCGCCGUACUCUCUCAAAGACUAAGAAUCCUCCAGUUGAUGAAGUUAUCAAAUGUGGACUUCUCGAAGCUCUUGUCCGUGCUCUUAGCGUAGAGGACGAUAAGGUCAGAUUUGAAGCUGCAUGGGCUUUAACUAAUGUAGUGUCUGGUACCUCUUCCCAAACAGUCGCUGCUGUUGAAGCUGGCGCUACUGCUCCCCUGAUUGUACUUUCUGUAAACCAGAGCCCUGCUCUUGCUGAACAGGCUUUGUGGGCUGUUGCUAACAUUGCUGGAGAUUCCGCUCAGCUCCGUGAUUAUGUUAUCGAAUGUCAUGGUGUUGAUGCUCUUGUUGCCCUCAUGGACAGACUUGACAGUUUGGAAGACAGCUUUGCCCGCACACUUGCUUGGGCUUAUUCUAACAUGUGCCGUCAUAAAAACCCAAAUGCUCCCCUUCCAAUCUUGGAAGUUCUCAGCAAAGGAUUGGCCAAGCUUGUUCAACAUUCAGACAAGCAAGUUAGACAAGAUGCUUGCUGGGCCAUUUCAUAUUUGUCUGAUGGACCAGAUGAGCAGAUUGCUCUUACUAAGAACUCAGGAGUUCUUCCAACUGUUCUUAAGUUCCUCAGAGAAGGAGACACAUUGGUCGCCCCAGCUCUCCGUGUUCUUGGAAACAUGGCUACUGGAAAUGAUGAGUUAACUCAAACUGUCGUUGAUUUGGGAACAUUGGGAGAGCUCGAGUCUCUUAUGGAACGUGCCAGAUCUUCCACCGUUAUCAAGGAGUGCUGCUGGCUUCUUUCUAAUAUUAUUGCGGGAACACAAGCCCAAAUUCAAGCUGUUAUUGAUGCAGGCCUUCUUCCCUUCAUCAUUGAAGUCUUGAAAUCUGGAGAAUUCAAAUGCCAAUUCGAAGCUUCAUGGGCUGUUGCUAACUUGGCUCAAGGAGGAACAUCUAAACAAAUUGUUGCUCUCGUCUCCGAUGGAGCCGUUUCAGUGCUCUGUGGUCUUCUUACUCAAACAAAUGCUGAUUUGCUUACUAACACCUUAGAAACUCUCUACACCAUUUUGUCAACAGUUUCUACAACAAACUCUCAUCUUUAUGAAACCAUCCAGACCGAGAUUGAAGAGGCUGGUGGACUUGACAACUUCGAAAAAUUACAAGGAUCUGAAUCUGAGAAGGUCUACGAUCUGUGCCAUAGAAUAAUUUCCGAAUUCUUCGCUGAUGAUGCUGAUGGCUCUAUGGAGAACCGAUAUGCCAAUGCAGAUGAGAACGCUGGUCCAUACUCUUUCUAG